GAAACUGUCAGUAGAACGCAUUAGGUAGGACUUAACGCCCCUGUUGUCACAGCAACUGAUCUAUCCCACAAACCUCAACAGGAAACCUGCAGAAGGCAAUCCGCGAGGGUUCUUGUUUUGUGCACUGCGUUGUGUUGCUCCUUCCCUCGUGAUUGGCCGGUGGUUGAGAAAGUGAAUUGUCCCUUUCCCGCCCGCCCUCAGCCAUUUUCUCCCCAUUAAGGCGCUGCGUCUGGGUUCUGUGACAUACCUUCUUGGCUGGCGUUGGCAAUGGGCGACUGGGUCCCCAGAGCGUUUUCCCGGCGCAAAUCACGUCAUCCGCCCGACCUUCCCAAGCCUCAGCCAAGCAAGGAGGUAGCUGAAGAUCCUGUGUAUGUGAAUCUCCAGGAGCUCCGGUUGGAACGGAGUCCCUCCACUCUGAGCAAAACUGAAUCCAUACCCCAGCCCCACCUCAGCAACCCCCCGGCCAGCUGGGAGACCCACACGGACGCAGAAAGUGGCCGCUUGUUCUAUUACAACUCGGCAACGGGCCAAACGACCUGGGAGCCUCCCUUGGACGGUCCUGCCGGCGGCGGGAGUCCCCCUCCUUCUUGCUCUCCCUUGCUUGCCCUCAGCCCUGCCACACCUGCCGAGUGGGACCAAUAUGUAGACGAGGCCAGCGGGCAGGUGUUCUUCUACAACACAUCGACGGGCGAGACGUCGUGGAACGCACCCCGAAUGGACGAAACCCUCAAUUAUCCGGAGAUGCAGCCUGCGUUUGUGCCCUACAGCCCUGUGGAUCGGAGGCCGCCAACUCCAGAAACUGACUACCCCAACCUUUCUCCCGAUGAACUUGAGCCCUAUCCUGAAGAAGAUUAUUCUCCGGUUGGCUCCUACCAGCCGCUGGACGGACUCUGCGUUCCCUCUGCGUACCAAGGCUGGCCGUCCUAUGGCAACCAGGAAGGACUGGUGUUUGAUGGUGACCAGUAUGCCUCCAACCCGGUCACUGCAUCCGGCCACCAUCACCACAGUACCAGCAGUGGGUCCAGCCUGGACAGCAGCCCUUUUGGAAACUGGGUACCCUUCUCUGGGCCAAAGGAGGGACAGUUAAAAACGCUUGAAAAGGCUGGGAUGCUCUUUCGGACAAAGACUGCUGAUAAAGGGAAACGCCAGAGGAAGAAUUGGAGUUCUUCAUGGACAGUCCUAGAAGGUGGUGUCUUGACUUUUUUCAAGGACUCAAAACACUCCACGUCUAGCAGUGUGAAACAUCCCUCCGUGUUGAGUAGCCCUGAGCACACUGUGGAUCUUAGUGGAGCAACACUUUCUUGGGCUGCAAAAGACAAGUCGAGCAAAAAGAACGUCUUGGAGCUGAAGACACGGGAGGGAUCCGAGUACCUGAUCCGGCAUGAUUCAGAGUGCAUCAUCAGCACAUGGCAGAAGGCAAUUGCUGACAGCAUCAGUAAACUGCCUACAGAUUUCCCUCCGGAAGACAAUGAGGAGAAUUCAUCAGAUUUGAAAUCAAAGGAACAGCUAGGAAGCAGCAGAGAGAAAGAGGGCGAGAAGAAAAGCCCAGCCUCCUGGCAUUCAUCCACCUCUCUCAACUCGGACAGUGAUUCCAGCAAAGUUCGCAACAAACUCCUGAGGUUUCUGCAGAGGCGGCCAACCCUUCAGUCCCUGCGGGAACGAGGCUACAUCAAAGAUCAGGUGUUUGGAUGCCCUCUGCAAGUUUUGUGCGACCGUGAGAAGAGUACUGUGCCUCAGUUUGUGAGGCAAUGCAUCUGCACUGUGGAGAAGAGAGGUUUGGAUAUCGAUGGACUCUACCGGAUAAGUGGGAAUCUGGCGACGAUACAGAAACUGCGCUACAAGGUGGACCAUGAUGAGCGCUUGGAUCUCGACGACGGCCGUUGGGACGAUGUCCACGUCAUCACCGGGGCCCUCAAGCUCUUCUUCCGCGAGUUGCCGGAGCCGCUCUUUCCCUUCAGCCAUUUUGACAGAUUCAUUGCAGCCAUCAAAAUUACAGAGCCCUCGAAGCGCAGCUACCGCUUACGGGAGCUGGUGAAUUCUCUACCUCCUGCUAACCACAAUACCAUGAGGGUACUUUUCCAGCAUCUCUGCAGGGUUAUAGAGUUCCGAGAGGAGAACCGCAUGUCCGUGCAGAGCGUCGCGAUCGUCUUUGGGCCAACUUUGUUGAAGCCAGAGGCCGAAGAAGGGAACAUGACUAUGUACAUGGUUUUCCAGAACCAGAUUGUGGAGCAAAUCCUUAGCCAAUACAGCUACAUAUUCCCGGAGAGCUAGGCCUUCCCAGCGGAGCGAGGAGCCUGGUUGAAUGAAGGAGCAGCUGCGAAGCAAAGGGGCAGGUCCCAUCGCUGUGGGGACGUCGGUGUUGCUGGGCAGUGCCAAGACUAGAGACAGUGAAGAUAUGGGAGGGAGGGAGAGAAAUGACUAGCAAUAAAACUGUCAAUGUAGGA